AUGGACCGGCUCGACUAUUGCGAACUGUCCCAAGAGCAGAUAUUUGACAUAUGCGCGAUACAUUUGCUGGACAAUGAUCUGCUAGUGAUAGGAAUAUACCACUCCAAUUUAACCAAUCACAACGAAUAUUUAAAGUUAUUCGAAAAGUUGUUAACCAAAAUAGACAACGACAAGGUAACUGCAAUAAUUAUGGGUGACAUAAACAUCGACCUCCUUAAUAACACCACCAUUAAAAAACAUCUCCUAGACAUUCUAUCCGCCCACCACUUUAGGCAAUACGUAAAAAAAGCCACCAGGGUAGAUGGUGACAGCGCAACAUUGCUGGACCACGCCUACUCAAACAUCCGGGACGCCCGUGUGUCCGCGACCUGCGUUAUCACUAAUCUCAGUGACCAUAUGGCGCAGCGCCUUGUCGUCCCGCAACCGGCUCCUCAUCCGCGAUCCGCGAUAGUAAAGAAACGCGCGUUUAGUUGCAAUAAUAGGAGUAUGUUUGUUCGUUCGCUGGAGUGUAUAGAUUGGCAGAUUAUAAUAGACAAACACCAAAAUGAAUGCGAACUGUUUGCGACUAAAAUAAUCAAUAUUUUAGCCAAUCUACAAGAUGUUCAUAUGCCAGUUAAAACUGUGACCGUACAUCAUAAAAAAAGCCCAUGGAUAGAUUCUGAACUCAUCGGUUUAAAAUUACUAGCUUUCGAUUUUAUUGCCUUAGCGAAAAUCGAUCCAGGCAACACCCAGCUAAAUACAGCCUCUACUAAAAUACUCAAUACCUACAAUCAAAAACUACAGAGGAAACGAACGGAGUACUUCAACUCUAGUAUUGGGAAUAGCUCAAAUAAAAAUAAGGCGAUGUGGCGAGCUAUAAACACGGAGAUUGCCAGACUCUCACGCGAGCGGGUAGAUUACACAGACCUACUUACUGACAACGACGGAAACCCAUUCGUGUCCAAACAACACCUGGUCGAUGCACUGAAUGAGGAGUUCAUAACAGCGGGCGCCGCAUGCGGUGCUCCCGCCCCGGACCGCGCACAGUGUCUGACCUCUUUAUCCUCCCGCACUUUUCAUAGCGACACCUCAUUGAGAUUGACAUCCUUCAGCCCGGCGGAAAUAAGUGUUAUAUUGUCCUCAAAGAUAGCAGCAAAAAAUACCACCGAUGUCUACGGACUAUCCGCGAACCUCCUUAAACAAGCUAGUACAGCAAUUUGCUUCGUGCUCUCGCAGCUAUUUAACAACUGUAUGCGGUUAGGUUCGUACCCUACUUGCUUGAAAAAGGUUAAGAUCUGCCCCUUAUAUAAAGGCAAGGGUGAUAAAAAAGACGCGAAAUCGUACCGACCCAUCGCACUAGUACCGGCUUUGAGUAAGUGCUUCGAGGUAGGCUUGAACACUAGGCUACUGUCAUACUGGUUCCCAAGGAACGUUCUGUCUGACAGCCAAUACGCGUACCGCCAGGGCCGGUCCACAACCGAUCUCGUGCGGGAGGUGAUCCAUUGUGCACUGCGCGCACGCGAGGCAGGCCGCCAGGUAGCAAUCAUCUGCUGUGACCUCUCACGCGCCUUCGACACCGCCGACCACGCGCUCGUAGCAGACAAACUCGGCCACUAUGGUGUUCGAGGCCCAGCUCUAAAACUGUUGCUCUCGUUUAUGAGCGAGAGGGCACAAGUUGUCGUUGGGGAUCGCGGCAGCGUGACAUCCUCGGAGCGCCACAACCUAAUGGGGGUACCCCAAGGAUCCUGCCUUUCAAACACCCUCUUUAGCAUAUUACUCAACGACUUACCGGCUGCAAUUACCGGCGCUGAUAUCUACAUGUACGCCGACGACGUCACAGCGGUAGUAAGUACGCCCAUGAAGAACCAGCUCGAAACGGCCCUAAAUAACGUUGUCAGGCAGCUAAACGAGUGGUUCAAGGUCAAUGGCCUGGCACUUAACAAAAACAAGACCUGUUUUAUGACAGUAAAACUCAACGGCCAUCGCAGCGAGAGCCUGCAAGUGUGUGCGGACGAUGCCCCUAUACAGCACACGUCCUGCACACGCUUGCUCGGGUUCCACCUCGACAGUGCGCUUACAUGGGAGCGGCACAUAGACGAGGUGUGUAAUCGACUUGGCCGCGCCUGUUUCGCACUGCGCCGACUGGCGCGCACCGCCGGGAGGGCCGCGGUGCGAGAAUGCUACUUCGCGACGGUCCACUCCGUGUUGACGUACGGUGUGGAGCUCUGGGCCCGAGCUGCGGACUGGUAUCGCGUUUUCUCAAUGCAAAAGCGAGCACUCCGCGGUAUGGCAGGCAAACCAAACGACGCUCCAGCCCGGGAGCUAUUUCUUGAGUUCCAAAUUCUACCCCUACCCUGUAUCCUUAUACAGCAAGUAGCGGUGUUCACUCACACCAACCGAGACCAUUUCAAGCGCAGGGGUACGAACUCGAGAUAUCCACUGCGUAGUAAUAAGUACGGAGACCGGCUGGUAGCAGAACGCCACACUUUAGCGAAGUCGACAAAACUGGAACCGUACGUGGAAAAGAUUCUCAGCAAUUAUCAGUGUGGGUUCCGUCAAAAUCGCAGUACGGUUGACCAGAUCAUCCUCCUAAAGCAGAUCAUGGAGAAAAGAUGGGAAUAUGCACAACCUGUACACGUGGUGUUCGUAGACUUCGCUAAGGCAUACGACAGCAUAGAUAGGGACUCCUUAUACGCUAUACUGAGGAACUUCAACAUCCCUAACAAGUUAGUCACUAUGAGGCCGCAACGAGGGUGA